AUGUUUCCAAUUCGGAAAAGAUAUAAUAAAAGUAAGUUUUUUUCUAAGCAAAUUGUGAGUUGUUGAAUAAUAAAUUUGCAGUCUUCUCGGAUUCGCUGAGGGCCGCUGGCAGGCUCAAGGAACCGGCAAGUUCUGAUGAGGAGGAAAGGGAAGAGGAUCAUUUGGAAGUAGACGCCAGUGAGGAUGAUUACAGUCAAACCUCGCUAAGUAUCGAUGACUAUAAAAGUGAAGGUGAGUUUUAGUUAUUCUCAAAAGAGUGACAGUUCUCUUCAAACUGAGCGUAAUUUUCAUUUUUCAGAAGAGGAAUUCUGGCGCUACAACAAAGUAGAACUCGCACGGAAUGGAACUGUUACGAUAAGGGACUCGCAACGUUAAAAUAUAGCUGCGAGUUCCAAAUCGUAACAAUUCCAUUCCGUGCGAGUUCUACUUCAUUUAGCGCCGAAAUUCUUACACAACUGUGAGACAUCAUUUCAAGUUGAAGAAAUUGAAAACGCAUUUUCAGAUCCUCCGCGCCCAACGGAGUCGAUAGAGACUUCCCGUAGACCGUUCACGCCUCACAACAGUGGAAUGGACAUCUCGCACACGCACCCGUCUCAAAACUACGAUGUCGACGACUAUUAUAGUGGAUUCAGACAGAUCGGGAGCGGAAUUGUUGAGAAUACUAACGCGUCUCGAGUGGUCUCCCCUCCGAUACAAUUAUUUCCAACCAUUCCAUUCCAACCACUUUCAGGUAUCUUUUCAUAUCCAAUCUACAAUGGAAAUUAUCAAUUUUCAGUGAAAAUGGAGAACUGUUUGAAUUCUGGAUACUUGGACAUGCAGAGAGUUGGAGGACUUCUUUUCCAUGCUUACGCAAACGACGAAGAAGACGUGGACACUGAGAUCGAGUUAUUCAUAAAGAACAAUUCGACGAAAGUGAAGGGACCGCUUACCAUCAAGAGGGCAGAUGUCCGCAAUCCCAACUGGCCGGCAGUCAUCGCCUGCGGACAUCAGCUGAUGGUACACAAGCGCGACUAUGACAUAAAUCUACGUUUAUUUUUUAGGAACAGAUCAACUCCCACAAGAUUCAAAUAUCGUUGUCAGGAAUGGGCCCAUCGAAAGAGGAGUUCUGCGAUAUCACCGGAGCUGCCUUUAAUGUGCGAAAAGAAUAUUUUUAUCCGCAAGAGCCGCCGUUUUCCGUGAGUUAAAUCAGUUUGUUUUGAAAGAGCUAACUGAUCUUUUCAGGGAGAAAGAAUCUGCGUAAGUGAAUUGAAGACUACCAAGCAACAACCACAUGUUCAUCUGAAGAGCAUCCUGUUUGCGCUCGUUUCCAAAGUGAUCAAGAAUAGGAAACGGUUGAAAUAGUUUUUGUUUAGAGUUGCGCAGUGCAAACUCAUGUCCAAGCAGUGACUUGGGUGCUCCCGCAAGAGAAGAAUACGAGUGGUAGGAAUCCGAAGCCAUUCCCGGAGUCAUUCUUCAACACUCUUUACGGUUCGUUUCAGUGCUAAACUUUUCAUGAACAGUUUCUUCCAGAGUUAUGCCUGGAGUACUUCGGACUCAAUUACGACGAAUUGGACGUACCGUACAGAUCAGCGUUCCGCGAUCUUCCUUGUCUUGAGCCAUACUCCGACGAGUCGGGCAAACGCCGCUUGUUUCAAAAACUCGCAACUGCACGAAAAAGCUUUGUUACUGGAACCUUUCGAACCCAAUUGAAAGCGGCGCUGUAUGUGGACCGUGGAACAUGUCUCAUGAACAACGUAAAUCUUUUCCAGUGUGGAACUGAAAUACUCGACUUUUGUCGCACCACAACUUCCACAGCAGCACGGAUAUUUUCAAUACCGAAAGGUAGUAUACAUCUGAAAUCAAUCAGUUUAGCUCAAGUCAUCUCGUUUCAGAGAGGAAGAACAUCCAGCACGCCGAGAUCAAUGGCUCCUAAUCACCACAUAGAAGAUAUUCCGAAUGAGCCCGAUCAGAGUGAAUGUGUGGCAACAACUGUGCCGAGAAUGAAGCCGCAACCUUCUCCGAUCGUCUCGAUUGAAGAAGAGGUUCCUCUUGUGACAAAAAAGAACAGAAACGGACAAGUUCGUGACGAAAAAAGUACAAAAAUGGAAUUGGAAACCUCUCCGGUCGUCUCGAUUGAUGAAGAGGUUCCGCUUGUGACAAAGAAGAGCAGAAACGGUCAAGUUCGUGACGAGAAAAGUACAAAAAUGGAAUUUGAAACCUCUCCGGUCGUCCCGAUUGAAGAAAAGGUUCCGCUUGUGACAAAGACGAGCAAAAAUGGACAAGUUCGGGACGAAAAAAUUACCAAAAUGGAACCGCGAAAGAACGUCGCCAAGAGGGCUCAGCGCCGAAACCCCAAGAAAAACUGA